UGACAGCCCGAGUUGUUACUCCUAUAAACAAGAUUACAAAAACAAGAAGAAACAAGCGCGUUUUGAACAUUCCAACCGAAAAACCCGUCACUUUCCCUCUCCCUCCCUGCUUUCCUCCCUUUUUCUCUUUCUCUCCUCUCUCCAAUCUCUCCCAUCUCUCCCUCUACUAUUUAUUAUACAAAGUUUCGCCAAGAAAUCCAUCACACAUACACGCCAAGACAUGUUCAAAAACCUUAACCAUACUAGUAGCUAGUACCAAGCUUAACACGCUCAUAUAUUCAUUACAAUUUUCAACUGACCUGGUAUCACCUCUUACUUGUUAUCAUACCCUUUUUUGUGUUGAAUUUUUAUCUGGGUCAACUGUUAUUUUUUCUUUUUAUAGUGUUUUUGAGGAUUGGGUUUUGAUUUAUUCUUCAUUCAAGCCUAGUUGAUCAUAAUCUAUAAGUAUUUAAGUGCUUGUGUUGGGGAUAGUAAGAAUUUCUGGUGAGGUAUGAGAUUGAACUUUUAAGUGUUUGUGAGUGAAAAUUUAUAGGAGUGAUUGUAUUUGAUGGGGAACAACUGUGUUGGAUCAAGAGGGCUUCUUAAAGAUGGCGUUUUCCAGUCAAUUUCAAAUACUAUUUGGUGGUCUGAACCUCAGGACAAGAUUGGGUAUACGAAAAGAGAGAUUAGUGCUGAAUCUUCUCCUCCUGAUCAAGGGACUGAUUUUCAUAAUGUUGUUCAGAAUAAGCCUCCUGAGAUGAUUCAGAUAUUUAAAGAUGAGCCUAGAUCAGCUAAGAAAGUGACCCCAGUGAAGGAUGAUGAUAAGCAAUCACAAUCUGCUGGGGAACCCGAGAAGGCGAAGAAAGCAAAUGGGAAUACUAAAAGGUCGGAGAAACCAGAGAAACCAGAGAAACCAGAGAAACCAGAAAAACAUGAGAAACCGCAACAUAAGAAGCCACAGAAUGUGAAGAGAGUUUCGAGUGCAGGGCUUCAGGCAAAAUCAGUGUUGAAAACAAAGACUGGUCAUUUGAAAGAAUACUUUAAUCUUGGUCGCAAACUAGGACACGGGCAAUUUGGAACUACUUUUCUUUGUGUGGAGAAAACAACAGGCAAGGAGUAUGCUUGCAAAUCCAUUGCGAAAAGGAAAUUAGUGACUGAGGAUGAUGUGGAGGAUGUGAGGAGGGAGAUUGAGAUAUUGCAUCACUUGUCUGGAGACCCCAAUGUUGUGUCCAUUAAAGGAGCUUACGAAGAUGCUGUUGCGGUUCAUGUCAUUAUGGAACUGUGUGGUGGGGGUGAGCUCUUUGAUAGGAUCACGAAGCGAGGGCAUUAUACAGAAAGAAAGGCAGCUAACCUUGCCAGAACAAUUCUUAAAGUUGUAGAAUCUUGUCACUCAAUGGGAGUUAUGCAUCGUGAUCUUAAGCCUGAGAAUUUCCUUUUUGUUAACGAGGAGGAGGAGUCGGCUCUUAAAACUAUUGACUUUGGAUUAUCAGUAUUCUUCAAGCCAGGGGAAAUCUUUACUGAUGUGGUUGGAAGCCCUUAUUAUGUUGCACCGGAAGUACUGCGUAAACGUUAUAGUCAAGAAGCAGAUAUCUGGAGUGCUGGAGUGAUCAUAUAUAUUCUCUUAAGUGGGGUGCCUCCAUUUUGGGCUGAAACUGAGCAGGAUAUAUUUGAAGAGGUUUUGCGUGGUGAUCUCGACUUCUCAUCUGAUCCAUGGCCCAAGAUAUCUGAAAGUGCUAAAGAUCUGGUUAGGAGAAUGCUUGUUAGAGACCCCAAAAGGCGGAUAACUGCUCAUGAAGCUUUGUGCCACCCGUGGGUGCGGGUCAAUGGUGUGGCACCUGACAAGCCUCUUGACUCUGCAAUCUUGAGCCGCUUGACUCAGUUUUCUGCUAUGAAUAAGCUUAAAAAGAUGGUUCUGAGAGUCAUUGCAGAGAAUCUCUCGCCAGAAGAAAUUGCUGGGCUAAAAGAAAUGUUUAAAAUGAUAGACACAGACAACAGUGGCCAAAUUACUUUUGAUGAACUCAAGGUUGGACUGAAGAAGUUUGGAGCUAAUCUUAAAGAGUCUGAGAUUUACGAUCUAAUGCAUGCUGCUGAUGUCGACAACAACGGAACUAUUGAUUACGGGGAGUUUAUUGCUGCAACCUUGCAUCUGAACAAAGUUGAGAAAGGAGAUCAUCUUUUUGCCGCUUUUUCAUACUUUGACAAAGAUGGCAGCGGUUACAUUACCCAAGAUGAACUUCAACAAGCUUGUGAAGAGUUCGGCAUUGAUAACACUCAAUUAGAUGAAAUGAUCAAAGAAGCUGACCAGAAUAAUGAUGGCAGAAUAGAUUACAAUGAGUUUGUGGCGAUGAUGCAGAAAGGAGAUAAUGAUAUGGGUAAGAGACGGUUACAAAGUAAUUUUAGCAUGGGAUUCAGGGAGGCUCUACCUGUCUACUGACAUAGCGACGACACUGAAUCUUUACAUAUACUUUAUUCGUUUAAAUUUACACGAAUUCACUAGGGUUGAGAAUCACAACAUGCUGUUUAGAUAGCAGAUGCCAAAACUCGUCAGGUUGUGGUCGACUUGAGUAGCAUAGGUACAUUGCUGAUUUGUGUCUGGACAGAUUGCACAAUGCUAUGUUACUUUUAUUGUAUAAACUGUGGAAAUGACAUUUGGUGCC